GGGUUUGUUUUUUUCUUUUCCGUUCUCUGGAGAGGUAUCAUCAUUUUAUUUGCUUUCUUGCAUAUGUACACGCGCACUCAGCUCGCUUUGGUCCAUCCAGUCAUGUACUUUUAGUAGUAGAGAGUUCAACUUCAUCUACAACCCCACACAUUUCCCACGGCGAGUGAUCAAGCAUGCAUGCAUGCUCACUUCGCCCUGAGCCGUCUGCGAUUAGCGCGCAUGACGCCCUCCUCGAAUAUAUCCUCCAGCGACAUGCGCACAAAAGGGCUGCAAUGGUCCUGCGCCAUCUCUGCGCGCUCAAUCGUGGAGGAGCAGAUGGGACAGCGCAGACGCGCGAAUACUCCGUCGAUUAGACAGUCUAGGUGGAAUAGGUGGCUGCAGUUGUGUAACAGGUGGAUCAGUGGCGCGUCGUCUAUUGUCGUGCUGCAGCUAUCGCAGAGAAGGUUUUGGCGUGAGUCGGAGGUGGUUACCGGUGGCAUUGUGGGGUGGGGGAGCUGUAGCCUGGUGGGAGGAAGGGAGGAGAGGAGGGUCGUCGUUUGCGGUUGCUUUUGCAUUUGCGUUUGCCCAAUUGAAGUCGGAGGCCGCUGGGCUUUUUGUACUCUAUACAUACUUGAGCCGGACGGAGAAGAGGGCGCGUUCGUGUUGCUCCUCUCAUCGUGGUGCGGUGCGCGGGACGCUUGAAGCUUGAAUGAUCCCUCAUGAUCCGCAACUCGACACCCGACACCACAACCCUCAGUUCGAAU